AUGAAUCAAUUGCCUGGCACAUCUCAGAUAAUCGAAGCUGAUGCCAUCUCAAGCACUGCGAUCAGAGCGCAGUGGUCCGCGGUGACGGGCGCACAACGCUAUUACCUGAUUGUUAAAUCAGACAGCGAAAACUACAACCUGACAUUUUCCACUGUGCAGGGGACAAUAAACAAUCUGCAUCCGACCAAAACCUAUAUGCUGAAUAUUUACACUGCAAACGCAGGUGGCCUGGGAGCACCGAGCAAAAUAAAAACCGUCACAACAUUGGUUCCGCCGCCAACAGGUGCCACUCUUUCCAUCAUUGGUUCGAAUGCAGUGCGUAUUGACUGGCAGUCAGUGGACAAGGUCCUUUUGUAUGGAGUAUUCAUUUAUAAGAAUGACAACCUCAGCAGCACCCCGGAGAUUUUAAAAACCCCCGAUACCUUUGUUGUCAUCAAUAGGCUUAUGCCAUGCACCAACUACCUCUUUGGACUAAGGUCCGCCAACAACUUUUUGAUUUUCGGAGAGGAAUCAUACGUCACUUAUAGGACUGGAAGUGCAGACCCAGUUUCAGCCAUUCAAGCAAACUACAGCUGUAUCGAUGGCUUUGCGACUGUGACGUGGAAUCCCAGUUCAGGUGCAACUUCAUACAGAGCCUCUGCUACCACUCAGAAUGGGACGGCAGCCCUCUCCUGCACCACAAAAACAACCAGCUGCCAGAUAAUGGGGCUGAAGUGUGGAGCAAAGUACACUGUGCAUGUCUUUGCACUGGCUGGCAGCUGUGAAAGUACUGCGGAAGCAACUGCUGUCUUUCAAACAGUUCCUUGUGCACCUAUAAACCUGGACAUCUACCGGGACUGCUACAGCAAUGUUGUCUUCUUUUACUGGGACCCUACUCCCAACACUGACUUCUACUCAGCAACAGCCCUGGGGUCGGACGGGGCGGUGAUGGAGUGCAGGACCACAGACACCUCCUGCUUCUUCACAGAUUUAAACUGUGGAAUGGGGUACAUGUUCAGAGUCUCCUCAAUGAAAGGGAAAUGCAGCAGUGCAUACAGCGCUCCCGUCAGAGCUCGUACAGGUAAAGUACCCUAA